ACAGGAAAAACCUUGCUGGAACUCGUCAUCGAGCAGUUUGAAGACUUACUAGUUAGGAUUUUAUUGCUGGCAGCAUGUAUCUCUUUUGUCCUGGCUUGGUUUGAAGAAGGUGAAGAAACAAUCACGGCCUUUGUAGAACCCUUUGUGAUUUUACUUAUAUUAGUAGCCAAUGCAAUUGUGGGCGUAUGGCAGGAAAGAAAUGCUGAAAAUGCCAUUGAAGCCCUUAAAGAGUACGAGCCUGAGAUGGGCAAAGUGUACCGGCAGGACCGGAAGAGCGUCCAGCGGAUUAAAGCCAAAGACAUCGUUCCUGGCGAUAUCGUAGAAAUCGCUGUUGGCGACAAAGUUCCAGCUGAUAUAAGACUAACUUCCAUCAAAUCAACAACGCUGAGAGUGGACCAGUCGAUUCUCACAGGAGAGUCUGUGUCUGUCAUCAAGCACACUGACCCUGUCCCUGACCCACGGGCCGUCAACCAGGACAAGAAGAACAUGCUGUUCUCCGGCACCAACAUUGCCGCUGGAAAAGCCAUGGGAGUGGUCGUGGCAACUGGCGUCAACACCGAGAUCGGCAAGAUCCGGGACGAGAUGGUGGCCACGGAGCAGGAGCGGACGCCUCUCCAGCAGAAGCUCGAUGAGUUUGGAGAGCAGCUGUCCAAGGUCAUCUCUCUCAUCUGCAUCGCCGUCUGGAUCAUCAACAUCGGGCACUUCAACGACCCUGUGCACGGAGGCUCCUGGAUCCGAGGCGCCAUCUACUACUUCAAGAUUGCCGUGGCCCUGGCCGUCGCCGCCAUUCCUGAAGGCCUGCCCGCGGUCAUCACCACCUGCCUGGCCCUCGGAACGCGAAGAAUGGCAAAGAAAAAUGCCAUUGUCCGUAGUCUGCCUUCUGUGGAAACUCUGGGCUGCACCUCCGUCAUCUGCUCAGACAAGACGGGCACGCUGACGACAAACCAGAUGUCAGUCUGCAGGAUGUUCAUCCUGGACAAAGUUGAAGGUGAUUCUUGUUCUCUUAAUGAGUUCACUAUAACUGGAUCAACAUACGCGCCUAUUGGAGAAGUGCACAAGGAUGACAAACCUGUGAAAUGUCAUCAGUACGAUGGUCUUGUUGAAUUGGCAACAAUCUGUGCUCUCUGCAAUGACUCAGCGUUGGAUUACAAUGAGGCAAAGGGUGUGUACGAAAAAGUGGGAGAGGCUACAGAGACUGCACUCACGUGUCUGGUGGAGAAGAUGAACGUGUUCGAUACGGAAUUGAAGGGUCUUUCUAAAAUAGAGCGAGCGAACGCCUGCAACUCGGUCAUUAAACAACUGAUGAAGAAAGAAUUUACCCUGGAGUUUUCACGAGAUCGAAAGUCCAUGUCCGUUUACUGUACGCCAAACAAGCCCAGCCGGACCUCCAUGAGCAAGAUGUUUGUGAAGGGGGCUCCCGAAGGCGUCAUUGACCGCUGCAGCCACAUCCGGGUCGGAAGCACCAAGGUCCCCAUGACCCCCGGCGUCAAGCAGAAGAUCAUGUCUGUCAUUCGAGAGUGGGGCAGUGGCAGCGACACCCUGCGCUGCCUGGCUCUGGCCACGCACGACAGCCCACUGAGGAGAGAGGAGAUGAACCUGGAGGACUCGGCCAACUUCAUCAAGUAUGAGACCAACCUGACCUUUGUCGGCUGCGUGGGCAUGCUGGACCCCCCGAGGAUCGAAGUGGCCUCCUCAGUGAAGCUGUGCAGGCAGGCGGGCAUCCGCGUCAUCAUGAUCACCGGGGACAACAAGGGGACGGCCGUGGCCAUCUGCCGCCGCAUCGGCAUCUUCGCUCCGGAUGAAGACGUGACGUCCAAGGCCUUCACGGGCCGCGAGUUCGACGAGCUCAGCCCCCCGGCGCAGAGGGACGCGUGCCUUACAGCCCGCUGCUUCGCCCGCGUGGAACCCUCCCAUAAGUCCAAGAUCGUGGAGUUCCUGCAGUCCUUCGACGAGAUCACGGCCAUGACGGGGGAUGGGGUGAACGAUGCACCUGCGCUCAAGAAGUCCGAGAUCGGCAUCGCCAUGGGCUCUGGCACCGCCGUGGCCAAGACGGCCUCCGAGAUGGUGCUGGCCGACGACAACUUCUCCACCAUCGUGGCUGCAGUGGAGGAGGGCCGGGCCAUCUACAACAACAUGAAGCAGUUCAUCCGCUACCUUAUCUCCUCCAACGUCGGGGAGGUCGUCUGCAUCUUCCUGACCGCAGCCCUGGGGUUCCCUGAGGCGCUUAUCCCUGUCCAGCUACUCUGGGUCAACCUGGUGACCGAUGGCCUGCCCGCCACGGCCCUGGGCUUCAACCCUCCGGACCUGGACAUCAUGAACAAGCCACCUCGGAACCCCAAGGAGCCACUGAUCAGCGGGUGGCUCUUCUUCCGCUACCUGGCGAUUGGCUGUUAUGUGGGUGCUGCCACCGUGGGUGCCGCUGCCUGGUGGUUUAUCGCUGCUGACGGCGGGCCUCGCGUCUCCUUCUACCAGCUGAGCCACUUCCUGCAGUGCAAAGACGACAACCCGGACUUUGAGGGCGUGGACUGUGCGAUCUUCGAGUCCCCAUACCCAAUGACAAUGGCGCUGUCUGUCCUUGUCACCAUAGAGAUGUGUAAUGCCCUCAACAGCCUGUCUGAGAACCAGUCGCUGCUCCGGAUGCCCCCCUGGGAGAACAUCUGGCUCGUGGGCUCCAUCUGCCUGUCCAUGUCCCUGCACUUCCUCAUCCUCUACGUUGAGCCCCUGCCGCUCAUCUUCCAGAUCACGCCGCUCAACCUGACCCAGUGGCUGAUGGUGCUGAAGAUGUCCCUGCCCGUCAUCCUCCUGGACGAGACGCUCAAGUUCGUGGCCCGCAACUACCUGGAGCCCGGUAAAGAGUGUGUGCAGCCGGCCCGGCCGGGCUCACUCUCGGCCUGCACCGCGGGCGUCUCGUGGCCCUUCGUGGUGCUCGUGGUGCCCCUGGUGGUCUGGGUCUAUAGCACAGACACUAACUUCACCGACAUGUUCUGGUCUUGA